AUGGCGAAGGGAAAGGGGAAGAAGAGCAGCCGGGGCGGGUCGUCGUCGAGGUCCACCCUGCCGCCCGGCUGGGUUGAAGGCGACUGGAUCCAGUUCACGAUCGAGCUGGACGAUCUGCAAGAUCUGGUCGAGGGCGGGCUGAUCGAGCACGACUCCUGGAGGCUCCCGGGGGAGGAGACCGAGCCGCGGCCUCGGGAGGACCUUUACAAGGGCAAUGAUGAGGAGACCGGAGAUGCGGCUACUUCGACAACCGCGCCGCCAAAUGUUAUUAACCUCCCAGAUGAUGAUGAAGAGAUGCAUCAGUGCCAGAGCAAAAUCAGGACCUCAAGCAGGAGGUUGCCGGCCGGCAAAAAACCGCAAACUGCAUCAGUGCCAGAGCUGUCGACUCAGCAAUCCGGAGAUCUUCACCGGGCUUCUGUUAUGUUUGCUGAUCCCGCGUCGGCUAUGCCGACUGUGCAGGCCUCUGGCUCGACCGUGCAAGUCCAUGCCUUGGACCCCCAAGCUGCUGCAACUGACUCACCAAUUCCGCUGUUCGCCACUCACCGCGCCCCGGAGGACCCAGCUAGUGCAGCCAAAGAAGCCAUUCACCAAGCAGGUCUGAUGAUGGAGCAAAUGAAAGUGGAUAUGAGAUCUUGUGAGCUUGGGGCCCGUUAUACUGACCAGGAAAAGAAACAGAUCCGGCUUGACCUUGAUCAGAAACAUGCUCAAGAGAACUUGCAGAAAGCUAAGGCCGAAGCAAAUGGUAUGGCAGAAAAAAUGAGGGAGGCUCUGGAGAAGAAGGACCGUGACCUUGCAGAGGCGCAGAAGGCGGCUCAAGAAAAGACAACGCUUGCCGAGAAGAAACUGGCCUCAGUCGAUAAGCUUGAAGAAGAGAAUGCCAAGCUAAAAACUGCUCUUGAUGAAGCCAACAAGGAGUCGACACAUUUUAAGAAGGACAAGGAGGCCCUGACUGACAAGGCUAGUGAUCUGGUGCGGAGGAGGAACGAAUUGGAGACUUAUCUGGGAGGUCUUGCCCAAAAGUUGUCCCUUAUGCUUGAAGAGUUCUGCCAGAACUUCGAGGAGGAGACCGGGCGAAUCGAGAUGAAAUUGGACCCCAUCAACUCUCCAAUCAAAGAUGAAGCUGCCAUGAACGUGUUCCGACUGGAAUCUCGUCUUGCGAGUGUCACUGAUUAUAUUGCUCGACUGAAAGUGGCGGUUUCACGGGUCGACACCACACUCUGGCCUGGGGCCACACUUCAGAAUGACCUUGAAUCUCUGAUGGCUCGGCUCAACCAGAUUCCCGGUCGAGUGCUGGAAUGA